CUUGAGGUGACAGCCGUUUCUGGGUAGAAAGACAUGCUCAGUGGAAACUCCCACAUGUUCAAGCAUCAUUUCCUUCUUAGAGACAUCAAAGAUCUGACUGAGCUGGCAAUAAAAGUAAAAGAAAAAAGAAGAAGAAAAAGGCUCAUUCAGAUUAGCUCAUGGUGAGACUGACAGGUAGAGAGAUCUAGUGUGAAUAACACGAUAAAAAACCCUAACAGACAAAGCAGGAAACAGGCGGAAGAGAAAGCCUAUGUUGGUUUAGCUCGACAGCCAUGAGCAGCAAAUUUCUUUGCGCUGUUCUCAUCCUUGCCUUCCUGGAAUCAGGAAAAUCAAACAGUGGAGUAUCUAUUAGUCACAGUCGAGAUGGAGAUGGUCAGAACGUUACCUGUGUCCUCACAGGGAACGAAAAUAUGACACAAAUCAAUUGGGAAAUGCUAAUAGGCCCGAAUCGCACCAAACUGGGCACGUAUCACCCAAUUUAUGGAAAGUACAUAAGCAAAGAAUAUAAGACGAAAGUGGAUAUCCGGAACAAAACAGUUCCUCAUCCAUCAUCGUCCCUUCUCAUUAAAGUAACAUCAAAUGAGAGCGUGCUAAUCUGUUGUGCGUUCAUAACAUUUCCUUCGGGUAAAAUUGAGCAGUGUACUGAUAUCAGUAAGAAAGAUGCCAGUAUCAACACAUCUAUGAAAAAAGAUUUCACGUAUUUGGAACCAGAACCAAAACUGGGAUUAUUUGGACGCUUGGGUGCAAUGAUUAUUGGAACUAUUCUUUCCCUUUUUAUCCUGACCAUCCUCUUCUAUUUAUGCAGAAAAAACAACUGUAAAAGGAGGAAGACUUUUGAAAUACAAACGUAUUUGACAGACCCACCUUCUGAGGCAUUCACUGAGGAAGCAGUUGAUGCACAAACUUCUCAAAGUUCUCCAAAUGGCUUUGACCCCUCAAAACUUUACGCCAAGAUCAAAAAAGACAUUUUCUAUGGCCGGCUGUGGAAGUCUUACCAAGGCCAACCCAAAUCAUGGACACAAGGUACCAUGACCGAUCAAGGACAUGUUUAUCACCUGUUAGGACAGAGUCCCUUACCGGAAAGAAAUGUGGAGGGCAGCCCCUUGAGGCCAGAUGCAAAUGAAAGUUUAUAGUUUAUAAUCUUUCCAGUUUGAUUGAGAAGAACCUCGUCAUAUUUGUGUAAUGUAAUAUAGCUUAAAGUAGACUGCAACGAUUUAUAUAAAGAAGAGUAUGAAUAUUAAAAGAAAUUAAUAUUUGGUUUUCAGUUUAAAUGUAAAUAAAUGCUUCUAACAGGGAAUAAAUGUAUAGAUAAAUAAACUUUAAUGUGAGAAUCUGU